UGCAGACGCCCACAGUGCGCGAGAGACGGAUACAGUAGAUGUAUCAGGGCAUGAUUCUGUGAUUGGGCUUUAAUGUUGGAUUAAUCUGGUGGAUUUAUAUAGUAAGGAAGUUCCAAAUAUAUGUCAGAAGUUGAGAGCAGUUGCUGUCGUUUCACACUGUUAAUUUUAAGCGUAAUAUGCUAAAGACUUUUUCCGUUCAAUGAAAAGUGCGACUUGGCUGCCUAUGCAUCUCUGCGCGUUUCUCUGGGCUCCUACAAAUAACAUUUGCAGAACGGAGGAGACAGUGCGAAUCAUCCAGACGAACAUUCACAGCGCUUCCUUUUUCCUCGCCAUCCUGCGAUUGCAGCUGAAGCCGUCUCUUCUGAAUUACAAGAACGCUGCAACCGGGGACAUAUAAUUGCUCAUUUAUAAAGAUACCAUUUUUACCUCCUCAGUUUGAAGAAAAAAUAAAGAGGGGAUCACAAUAAGCGCUUCGUCGCUGGGGUUGAAUUUCACAGUUCAUUGUCGCUUUUUGACCCCAGAAACGGAAUAUUAAAAUCGAUUUAAGUUUUUCUGGAAGUUGCACAGUGACCGAAGAUGGGCAUUUGUGGUUAUUUUGUAGUGCCCUGGAAAUAUCUAGUUGUCAUCGCUCUAAGACUGCUGUUCCUUGUACCUGCAGGAGUGCCAGCGAGGAGCGGAGAAUCUUUUUCAAAACCAAUGGACAACAUCACCGUCAGACAAGGGGACAAUGCCGUGUUAAAAUGCAUCGUGGACGACAAAGUGUCGAAGGUGGCCUGGCUCAACCGCAGCACCAUCCUGUUUGCCGGGCGUGAGAAGUGGUCUCUAGACCCCCGUGUCAUCCUACUCAACAACACAGCCAUCACAGAGUACAGCAUCAAAAUCCAGAACGUGAACGUGUAUGAUGAGGGGCCUUACGUCUGCUCCAUCCUGACCAAUAAGAGACCCAAAUCAUCCAGGGUUCACCUCAUUGUACAAGUUCCAGCGAAGAUUGUGAACAUAUCCUCUGACAUCACCGUGAAUGAGGGCAGCAGUGUCACUCUCAUGUGCUUGGCUAUUGGACGACCAGAGCCCACCAUUAUGUGGAGACACAGUACACCAAAAGGCCACAACUUCAUGAGUGAAGGGGAGUAUGUGGAGAUCGCAUCCAUCACCAAAGAACAGUCGGGGGUCUAUGAGUGCAGUGCCAGCAACGACUUCCUGGCCCCUGACAUCAGGACCGUGCAAGUCACCGUCAACUAUGCACCCUUCAUUUCGGACGUCAGGAGCACCGGCACGCCGGUCGGGCAGAAGGGUAUCCUGCAGUGUGAGGCUUCUGCUGUUCCACUGGCUGACUUCGCCUGGUAUAAAGAGGACCGCAGGCUCUUAAAUGGACUUAAUGGUGUUAAAAUUGAAAACAAAGGCAAGCAAUCUCUGCUCAUCUUUUUCAAUGUCUCUGAAGAGGACUACGGCAACUACACCUGUGUGGCUAUGAACAACAUGGGAAUCACGAAUGCCAGCAUAAUACUGUAUGGCCCCGGAGCCGUGCAGGACGUGAACAGCGCGGUCCUGUCUCCGCGAGGCUCGCCAUGCCUUCUCUUGACUGUGGUUUUGUCGUACCUUUUCAAGUUUUGAUGCAGCGGCGUGGCUCGUUCCCGGCUUCCGCCAGCACGGCAGCGCGCCAGACUCGGCUGUCCCGUACAAGCAAAAGGGAAACAAACGAAACGCAGACGCAGUCGCCUUUUUUUCUUUCUUUUUUUUUUUUUUUAAAAAAGCUCUGAGCUUGAGUGUUUAU